AUGUAUGCAUAUUUAUGUUUGUAUGUGUGUAUAUGUGUAUAUACAUGCUAUUCAUCCCAUAGAUGGGACCCAGACAGCUGUCCCGCUCUGGGUCGGAGUGGAUCUGGGAGCACUAGUGCCUCUGAGGUGGCUCCUUACUGCCUAGGACCAGAAGCCACGUUCAUAUUUUUGGUAUUCAGGAAAGUCAAACAACACAGAACGGAAACUCAUAAAUUCUCGCCUCCCAUUUGCCAGGGAGAGAGCCCAACAACACACUCGGGCGCAGAGCGACUGUGCCGCUCGGUCAGCCUCCCGGAGACAACUAGCCACCUGCUGGUUCGAACGCCCGGGCGACUCAAUAGCAGCCAAAGCGCGUCGGGAUCUCGAAGGGAGAUCCUGAGGCUCGCCAGAGGACAAGCGCUGCAGCCUCUCGUGGCGCAGGAUGCCCUUCGACUGCACAAAAAAGCAGUGAAGUUGGCAACCUCCUGCCAGGUUAACUCCGCCCCUCAAACCCUUGGCUCCUCCCUGGCCUUUUGGGCUCCGCCCUUCCAAGGCAAGCGCGGCGCACGGAUGCCCAAAGGCCUCGACUCGAGAGCCCUGGGCAGCGAGAGCGAUACACUUAUCUCUUCAAACAGAGUUCAGGUCAAUGACCCCGCGGGACACUCUUACUACGGCCGACGGAAAAAUUCUUGUUUUCACACAGAGAAAAUGGAGAAAGUUAUAUUUUGUGCAGUUUACUCUGCCGUUGUCACCUCGCCCAGAGAACGCAUUUUGUUCAAGGCUGAUCACUUUGGCGCGGGCCCGAACGUGGCCUAUAAUGUGGCAUGUAAACAGGAAACAAAGGGACCUGUUAGGGGCCUUGGAAGAAAUCAGGAGUCUAAGUUACCCAGUGAAGCUGUACCCCGCGCUGGCCCCGCCCCUCGCAUCCAAUUGGCUGGGACGAGCAACACCUCCCAGAGGCCGGGCUAUAUAUUCAGCGAUGGCUGUACACUUCUCAGUAUCAUCAGGUUCAAGAUGAUGGAGUCAUAUGUAAUAAGGUGUAUAAGUGAGCUCGUCGAGAGCUUCCUGCUCCAAAACCACUGUCAGGUGCUGCUGUUCUUUACAGUCCUGCUCUCGAUCAGGUAUAUCCUGGGAAGCCGCACCAACCUGCCACCGGGGCCGUGGGGGGUUCCGAUCCUGGGCUACCUCCCCUUCCUCACGGAGGAUAUACACGUCUUCCUGAUGAAAUUGUCCAAGAAGUUCGGCUCCAUCUACAGACUCAACUUCGGCAACAAGAUGUUGGUGAUCCUAACCGACCCGAAGGUGAUUCGCGAGGCCUUCCGCAGGGAGGAGUUCUCGGCGAGGCCCUCCAACGCGCUCUAUGACAUCUUUGACGGAUACGGCCUGAUCAACACCUCCGGCAACAUCUGGCGCAGCCAGCGGCGGUUCCUGCACGAGAGGCUCCGCGGCUUGGGCAUUUCGCUCGGCGCCGGACGCAUGCGCAUGGAGGAGAGAAUCCGGAGCGAAGUCAUCAGCCUCCUGAGGUGUCUGUCGGCGGGCAAGAAUAAGUUGAUGUCGGUCGACUAUCUCUUCGCCAACGCCUCCACCAACGUCAUCUGCACGAUGCUCAUGUCCAUCCGCUUCCGGCCCAACAACCCGAGCUUCCUCCGCUUCAUGGAGCUUCACGACGAGGGCUUCAGGCUGUUCCUCAAGUGCGACAUCGCCAACUACAUUCCGGCGCUGAAGUACACGCCCACCAUCACCAAAACUUUCCAGAAGUUGGUCCAGAGUCGGGACGAGACGUCCGAGAUGAUCCGCGACAUCAUCAAACAGCGGCGAGAGAUCUUCGACCCGGAGAACAUCAGGGACAUCCUGGACUCGUACCUCCUGGAAGAGCACAAUGCCAAGAUCGAGGGGAGGGUCCUCUACGAGGGAAAGGAGUUCGAUCGCCAGCUCGUGCAGGUCCUGGUCGACAUGUUCAGCGCCGGCGAGGAGACCGUGAAGACGUGCCUGCUGUGGUCGCUGGUGUACCUGCUGCAUAACCCCGACGUGAUGCGGAAGGUCCAGGACGAGCUGGACGCCGUCGUGGGGCGCUCUCGCAUGCCGUCGCUCGAGGACCAGGAUCACCUGCCCUACACCAACGCCACCAUCUGCGAGACCCUCCGCCGGUCCUCGGUCGUGCCCCUCGGGACGUUCCACGCGACCAGCAGGGACACCGUCCUGGAAGGUUAUACCAUCCCCAAGGGCGCCACCGUCAUCCCGCUGCUGUACUCUUGUCACAUGGACCCCACUCUGUGGGACGAGCCCGAGAAGUUCGAGCCGACUCGCUUCCUGGACGAGGAGGGGCGCAUCAAGAAGCCGCUGCAGUUCAUCCCCUUCGGCGUCGGGCGGCGGAUGUGCCUGGGCCACGUCCUUGCUCGUUCCGAAGUAUUCCUGUUCUUCACUUCGAUCCUUCAGAACUUCACACUCGGGUACCCCGAGGGCGAGCCUCUCCCGAGCUUGAAGGGCGACCUCGGCGCCACGUACACGCCGAAGCCGUUCAAGCUCAUGUUCAUCCCCCGCGAAGGCUCAAAGUUCGGCGAGAUCGAGAGACAGUCGAGCGAAUUCAGGACGAUGGGCCUGUAAGCCCUCUUCUGACGCUGCAUUUCUGGUGCACUGCAUUCGAGCGCAUCCUGAAUCGUCUUACAAAAGUUCCUGUGCAAGGACUUUAAGUCCUCUCCCGUCUAGCGCUGCCUUCCCGUUCCGUGGGUAGAGAGAACUCUUCGUCCACAGUGAAACGCGUCGGGAGUUGCAGCACAGCCGAAGGCGCUGAGAGAGGCAAGGAGGGAGGCGUGAUGGGCUCAGCCCAUCUCCUCCCCGGGACCAGGAAGUUCCACCAAAGACAUUCGCAGGUCCUUUUGGGGUCCAGCAACUCAUCUGUGAUAUGUUGAUAGUUUAGAAUUAAUUGUAAUGUAUUUAAGCUACAGUUGGUGUUCGUGUUCUCGCUCGUACGGACUCGCUGUUUAUGGAGUCUCAGGGUGUUCGAUGUUCCUUUUGAUGCAAGACGAGGAAACGUUCACCAACCCGCAUUAUAGUGUCGUAGGUUCGAGCCGCUGCCGGGCACGGGGUUUCCUUGCCGGAGCCGUGCCAGAGCCUUGCGGUUGUGUGUGAAUGGGAGUAUGAGACAGAGAGCCUCACGGCGACCUUAAGAGUCUCUGCGCCGGGGGCAACACCUUGCGCCUUGCCUUUUAAUUACGUUCGAUCUGACCGCGGGAGCCUAGUCAGCUCGCGGCCACGACGCUUCAGCCACUAUGUACAAAAGGAGCACAUACUGUGUAAAAACUAAGGUGUAAACGGUAAAAGAGACGACCACGUAGUUACAAAACUGUAAGUUUUGAGUAUGUCUGUUCUAGGGAGAAUGAAAACCAAUCAAUUCUAUAAUUUUAUGAACUAUCUGUUCAUGCUCAAUACUGUGCUCAAAUAAUUUAUAAGUGUAUAAGAAUGUUGUUCCAAGACAACCGCAUGAGGCAGACAAUAAAAUGUUGAAUGAAAUAAA